UCACCCUAUUAUCUCAUUCUCACGCGGCAUCUCAUUCUCUGCAUCCUCCUCUCCAUCUCCUUGUCACAUCCUCGAUCACUUCGCUGUCUCGCCGGAUUCGGUGGCGGCGGAUUUCGUUACAACCGGUGCAAGCUAAAACUCAGGAAUAAGCUGAGGACAUGGCUGGCGGCGAUGAGAAAAAGUCUAAAGCCGGCGGCGGCGAUGCGAAAAAGCCUAAUGCCGGCGGCGGCGGUGCGAAAAAGCCUAAUGCCAGCGGCGGAGGAAAAAAGAAGGAGGUGAAGAAGGAGACUGGUUUGGGACUAGUAAAUCGCAAGGAUGAGAAUUUUGGGGAAUGGUAUUCUGAGGUUGUUGUGAAUGCAGAAUUGAUUGAAUAUUAUGAUAUUUCGGGCUGUUAUAUUCUGAGGCCAUGGACAAUGGCGAUCUGGGAGGAAAUGCAAAAAUUUUUUGAUGCUGAAAUAAAGAAAAUGGACAUCCAGAACUGCUACUUCCCACUUUUUGUUUCUCCUGGUGUAUUGCAGAAGGAGAAGGAUCACGUUGAGGGUUUUGCUCCGGAGGUUGCAUGGGUGACAAAAUCUGGGGAAUCUGAGUUGGAAGUGCCCAUUGCAAUUCGUCCAACGAGUGAAACUGUCAUGUAUCCUUACUAUUCUAAAUGGAUAAGGGGACACCGUGACUUGCCUUUGAAACUCAAUCAGUGGUGCAAUGUUGUUCGAUGGGAAUUCAGCCAUCCUACGCCAUUUAUCAGGAGUCGCGAGUUUCUUUGGCAGGAAGGCCAUACUGCUUUCGCAACAAAAGCAGAGGCAGAUGAAGAGGUGCUGGAUAUUUUGGAACUCUAUAGACGCAUAUAUGAAGAGUACUUGGCUAUUCCUGUCAUAAAGGGAAAGAAGAGCGAACUGGAGAAGUUUGCUGGUGGACUUUACACAACUAGUGUUGAGGCAUUUGUUCCAAACACUGGUCGUGGCAUACAAGGUGCAACUUCACAUUGUCUGGGUCAAAAUUUUGCUAAAAUGUUUGAGAUAAACUUUGAAAAUGAGAAGGGAGAGAAGGGUAUGGCCUGGCAGAACUCAUGGGCCUAUAGCACUCGGACGAUUGGUGUUAUGGUGAUGGUUCAUGGGGAUAACAAAGGCUUAGUGCUGCCACCAAAAGUAGCAUCUGUCCAGGUUAUUGUAAUUCCUGUGCCUUAUAAAGAUGCUGAUACUCAGGGAAUUUAUGAUGCCUGUUCUGCCACUGUGGCCUCCUUGACUGAGGCAGGUAUUCGUGCUAAGGCAGACUUUAGAGAUAAUUACUCUCCUGGUUGGAAGUACUCACAUUGGGAAUUGAAAGGUGUUCCUCUAAGGAUUGAAAUUGGUCCAAAAGACUUGGCAAAUAGUCAGGUACGUGCCGUUCGCCGUGAUAAUUCAGCAAAAACAGACAUCCCUAGGGACAAGCUGGUUGAGCAAGUAAAAGAAAUGCUGGAUAAUAUCCAACAAAGCCUGUUUGAUGCUGCCAAACAAAAACGAGAUGCUUGCAUUCAGACUGUUAAAACUUGGGAUGAAUUUGUGGAAGCACUCAGCCAAAGAAAAAUGAUCUUCGCACCUUGGUGUGAUGAGGAGGAGGUGGAGGUAGAUGUAAAAGCAAGGACGAAAGGUGAGAUGGGAGCAUGUAAGAGCCUUUGUUCCCCAUUUGACCAGCCAGAGCUCCCUGAAGGUACUAAAUGCUUUGCUUCUGGAAAGCCUGCAAAAAAAUGGACGUACUGGGGAAGGAGUUACUAGAUCAUGACAUGCAAUGGAAUCAGCGAUUCUUAGGAAUUAUCAAGUAAUAGUAUUUUCUACAAAAAAAAAUACGACACCUUUUUCUUUUUUCCAAAAAAAAAAAAAAAAUUAAUAGUCAAUCUUUUUUUUCUUUUCUUUUUUGAGAAUGAAUUUAAUUGUCAAUCUGAUGUGUGGAUCUUAUGUGAAAAGGUGAAAUAAUUUGCUUUGCUACAAGCAAAAGGCUACCCUGUUUUUAUAUUGUUGGUUUUUAAUGUCUUAGAUAUGUGAUAUGUUUAUUUAGACUGAAUUCUCUCUUUUGAGUUACAAGUUAGUGAUAUUAAGCGGUAACCCGUUUGCUGAAUGA